AUGGGAGGUGAUACUCACGAUUUAUCUUAUUACGCUAAGUGCAUGAUGGGUGGUAUUAUGGCUUGUGGUCUUACCCACACUGCCAUCGUCCCUCUCGAUGUCGUCAAGUGCAAAAAUCAAGUUACCAAGGGAUGGUCUGCCAGCUUAGGUUAAGGUUUAGGCUAAUUAAAAGCUGAAGGUAGCCUUACUUUGGGUUGGUUCCCCACCUUGAUUGGUUACUCCCUUUAAGGUUUCGGUAAGUUCGGUUUCUAUGAAAUCUUCAAGGAUGUCUAUAAAGGUAUUGUUGGUGAAGAAAACGCUCAAAAAUACAGAAGAAUCGGUUGGUCUGUUGCCUCUGGUUGCGCUGAAGUUAUUGCUGAUACUUUAUUAUGCCCCUUCGAAACCAUUAAGGUUAAAAUGCAAAUUUCAACUGCUGAAAAUGCUUAUCCUAAAUCUUUCUUACCUGCUUACAAUAAAUUCGUUGGUGAAAACGGUACUAAGUCUUUAUACAAUAUUUUACCUCCUCUCUGGGGCAGACAAAUCCCUUACACUAUCGUUAAGUUCGUCGCCUUCGAAUAAAUCGUUGAACUCUUCUACAGCAAGGUAUUCACUAAGCCUAGAAGCGAAUACUCUAAGGGACAAUAAUUAUCCGUUACUUUCUUAUCCGGUUACUUAGCUGGUGUCUUCUGCGCUCUUGUUUCUCACCCUGCUGAUACCAUGGUCUCUAAGAUGAACGCUCCUGAAUUCAAGGGUAAGGGUGUUAGUGAAAUUUAUGCCAAGAUCGGUUUCGGAGGUCUCUGGACUGGUUUAGUUACCAGAAUUAUUAUGAUUGGUACCCUCACUGGUCUUCAAUGGUGGAUCUACGAUAGCUUCAAGACUGCUGUUGGUCUCCAAGCCUCCGGUGGUUCUUCUGCUCCCGUUGCCAAGAAACAUUGA